ACCUACCUCAGUAUAGUGUUUCAAUAUGUUCGUGUAAGCAAAGACUCGUAUAAAAUGGGGCAUCUACUUCUGCCUCUCAAGAUGGCAUAGUCUCUAUCUAAUCUGAAAAAGCAUCACACCCCAGCACAUACACUCGUUCAAGGUCACCGGACUUCUAAUCAUAGAAAUCUAAACUUGAUCACCACACGCUUAUAUAACACACAAACACACAGUGGAGGUGAAGUUUACACAGUGAAAAGGAAGAGUUUACUCUUGAUGUUAUCAAGCCCUGUUAUUUGUGCACAGUGUUUCUGGUUUGAUCCUGUUCUGGUUUUCUGUUUUUUAUUCUGGUUUUUGUCCCUACAAGUCUGUUUGCUGAUUGCCGGACCUUUUGGAUAUUUUUGGAUUCUGCCCUUGUCUCACAAUUUGAAUAUGUUAGGCUGCCUAUUAUAAGUCAUUAUCCGCAAUUGCAUUCGCCUCUGCCGACUGAUAGCUUGUUGAGGCAGCAGUCAUCAUUAAUAUCACCUGCUGGUCUUCUGGUGUAAUCUGGCCAUGCUGUACCUUACACAGCUUACCAGCCUGGUCCUUAUUGCACUCAUAAAAGGUGAUUGUCCCAUUAAACUUCAGCCUGUUAAGUUAGCUGUGGAGUUUGGGGCUUCAGCCUCAGCUAACUGUUCCACAACCAUCAACCACCAUGGCAUGGGCUGGGAGGCAUCGGAGGGAGCAGUAGACAUGGUGGACGAUGUCCAGUUCAUCACCUGGAGGGUAGAGAGCCUCACACACUGGGACAUAAAACCAUUUUGCUACAUCAACGCAAACGAGCAGUGCGAACUCACUCUCCAAGUUACUGUUUACAAGCCUCCAGACCGGGUUUCCAUCAGCACUGUGGGUCACACAGGGCCGAUGACUGAAGGCAGCCAGUACGAGCUCGAGUGUGAUGUUCAGAAUGUUGCUCCUGUUCAUCUCCUCACUGUGAACUGGUACAAAGGACAACGUCUAGUGAAAAGUGUAGAAUCUGAUCACCAUUCCUCCAUAACCCCAGUAAACUAUUCUAAUACACUCUGGAUCUCCACAAGCAAAGAUGAUGAUGGAGUUCAGUACAGAUGUGAGGCAGAACUGAAACUGGGACCAGAAGGACCUCAACCUCCUCCUGUAGUGACAUCAGAUCCUCUCAACAUUACAGUGCACUGUGAUUGUCCCAUUAAACUUCAGCCUUUUAAGUUAGCUGUGGAGUUUGGGGCUUCAGCCUCAGCUAACUGUUCCACAACCAUCAACCACCAUGGCAUGGGCUGGGAGGCAUCGGAGGGAGCAGUAGACAUGGUGGACGAUGUCCAGUUCAUCACCUGGAGGGUAGAGAGCCUCACACACUGGGACAUAGAACCAAUUUGCUACAUCAACACAAACAAGCAGUGCGAACUCACUCUCCAAGUUACUGUUUACAAGCCUCCAGACCGGGUUUCCAUCAGCACUGUGGGUCACACAGGGCCGAUGAUUGAAGGCAGCCAGUACGAGCUCCAGUGUGAUGUUCAGAAUGUUGCUCCUGUUCAUCUCCUCACUGUGAACUGGUAA